AUGACUGUAAAAAGGAGGUCAAUAUUGUACAAUUUCACAAAUAAAUACCUGAGAAAGUCAACUCAUGUAUCUUCUAGCUCGCAACUACCAUCUAAGCCAAUUCCCACACGGGAUGUAGCAUUUUCAUUUCCUCCUGAAGAGAAGGAACACCUUUUGGACAAACUGCAAACAUCAAAUGAUAACGAUGAUGAUGAUGAUGGUGAUGAUGGUGUCGCAGCAUUAUCAUGUGCUCUUGAAUCAAAACCGAAAGCAUUAGAUGCCAGAGUUCAGACAGCAGCCGAACUCAAAAGGUUCAACGAGGAAAAAUGUUGCUUCUGUAAUGACUCUUUGAACUUGGUGCUUCCAGGAGAAACUAUUGUGCCAUUGGUUUGUGGACACGUCUGUCAUAAGAAUUGUCUUGUUUUGAUGUUAAGUAGGACAGAAGCUAACGAGUUGCCCCUAUGUGGGAUAUGUCAUGUUCCCUCGAGAUGCGAAGACGAUGAAGUGCACCAGUCGAUUAUGUGUAGCGACUUGGACCACGAUUUAAAAUUAGAUUUGCAGGAACCUUCUUUUUCUUCUUUUUCAUCAUCAAUUGUUACGCCCACUGGCUCGUUUGCUGAAGAAGAGCCUACUGGCGAUUCUGAAUACGAAGAUUUUGAGGAUCAAUUAUUCACACCAAGAAAGCAAACUAGACUGAGUUAUGCGUUGGAAACACCACCACUGUCAGUAAGACUAGCAGAUCAUGAAAACUUAUUAUAUACACCUAAGAUUUCGUUUCUGACGGAAACAGCAGAGGUCAAGUUGGGUGAGAAUAACGAGAUAAGUUAUGUGCUUAAUGUAAAGGCUCCACGUAUCUACGACGAGGUAGCAGCACCAUUCAACAUGUACGAAUUCCAGCUCAAAAUGAAAGUAUCCAAUUACCUAAAAACACAACUUCACUUUAAUGAUUAUUUGGGCAACUUGAUAAUAUUCGACGAAAUGAAAAUCAGCGUAGACGGUGGGCAUUGGGACAACUCCCGCUUAUACUUGUUUGAAAACCACUUGCUAUUUUACAACGAUGACGUUUUGGCAGGCAUUAUUUCUAUUGAAAACGAUUUGUGCUCCAUGACUUUUAGCAAUGGGAUUUUGAAUUUAAAUUUGGCAGAGAUUAGCUUGCCAGAACUCAAUAUAAUGCAUCAAGUGUCUGAUAUUAUUACCCGAAAAUGGUUUUAUAUGUUAACUCAAUUGAAAGAAAAGCUAGGUGUUCCCAAUACGAAUUUGUUCCAAUUCACCAGUACUUGCUGGAUAUAUCUACAGCACUAUUUUGAUAUCUCGAGUGAUUUAGUAAGGUUCAACAACUUGAUAAAUCUUGGAGGUGAACAACAAUUGCCCAGUAACUAUAUUACGAAAGUGGUACCAUCUCCUCAACUGUUGCCAUUGAACAUAGUAUUAGUUGUUCCGUUGUAUAAUAAAUCACCCAUGAUGAUAUCUGAUACAGACUACAAAUUGUGGAUCCAGCAGUUUAUGAGAAACAUCUUGUCAUUUUUGCGACCCACAGACAGUUUGGCGUUGAUUUUAUUAGGGAUAGAUGGGAAUCAUUAUGAAAGUGCAGAUGGUGUCUACAUUGGGUGUGUGAAUGCACAAUGGGAUGGUUGGCAGGAAAUCAUUGAUAGCAUCUCCAUUGUACCGAAUCAAUUUGAGCACAACAAAGAUGAAUUCAGGACAGCUUUCGCUAAAUUCAAGUCGUUGUUACCAUUUAUCCCAAGUAAACUGAGCUCAAUCAAUAAAUUGCUCAUUCUAAACUCAUGCAAUGAGGAUGAUGAUGAUGAUAAAGAAGAAGAAGAAGAAGAAGAAGAAGAAGAAAUAACCAACCACGAGCUUGAAAUUGACAACGCGCUCUUUGACGACGUUUCUGUAAGCAUUCUAAAAAUAGGAAAACAUUCAACAGCUCUCAAUUCCAUUUUAGAGUCUUUUCCUAUUGAGUAUGGCGCAGAAUUAUUAAUACGCUUUGAUUCAUUUGAGGAGCUACUGGCAUCUAUCGGCAUGCUUUUAGAAGAACACUUUCAGAAAAUAUGUAUUCCCAAGUUGAAAAUCACCGUCAAUGCAGAAGAAGAUGUAAGUAUAUCAGCUAUUGAGAAAAAUGGGAAAUUGGUUAGCAUUGAACAAUCGACUUCUGUCAUCCACAUUGCCAACAUCAUCCCCCGUAGUGAACGAAACAUUAUUAUAAAGGUGAAACUUUGUAGUAAUUUCCAAUGUUGUGAUAUGGAACUGGUUCCGGUUUUCACCUACACUGCAUCGUGGCUCAACAAGGUUAGCAAUGAGAAAACUGUAAAUAAAAAGAUUAGCAUCGUACCAGAAACAAAUAAUGCCAUAGACGAAGAAGAAAAAUUGCCACAAAAUCCACAAUGCCAAGAUUUGUACUACAUGGACAUCCCAUUGUUUCCUCCACUUUCACCAUCAAGACAGCUCUCCUUCACAAAACGACAGGUGGAACUCUUGAUAAUUGAGCAUCUAAGAAAAGCUAUUGAAACAGGGGAAAGUUUGAGCCUUGAAAAGUGUUCAUCUUUGGCCUACGGUUUAGUUCGAAAUGUUUCUCCUGGGUUCAAGGACAACAGGAAUGAUUUUGAAGAGGAGGAAGGUGUAGCAGCAGGAGUUGGCUCCAACAAUAAUGAGGCAAACACCAUGUUCAAAUUGUUGGUAGCUAUACGCAAGGAACACAACGAUAAUGAAAAAUACAUUACAUAUUUGGUAAAACAAUUGCAAGAGAUAAUAAGCUUGUUUAGCUCGAACCAGAAGGAUGCGAUUUCAAAAUGUCAUGACAUCUUAUGUGGAUUAGUAUAG